AUGGCUGCCCAGGGUGGGCAUAUUACAACACUCAGAGCCCUGCUUUCUAAAAAACAGCCAGACCAAGCAUGUUCACCAGCUCAGCUGCGUACUGUCCUUCACUGGGCCAUCCGCACUCACAACAGUGAGCUUCUGGAGCUGAUGAUUAAGCACGAGGCACCCUUAGACCCCGCGGGAGAUAGUCAGGAGGCCCUCUCCGCCCUGGGUGUUGCUGUUUCCUCGCGCUAUAAUUUCAUUAUUCCCCGUCUUCUUAAGAUAGGGGCGCGAUCAGGUUAUGGAGAAUAUCCAUGUCCCAUCGAGCAAGCUAUAUGCACCGAUCAGCCACAACUUGUUGAGCUCUUUCUUAAGCAUGGUAUGCGACUGAAUGGUGAUAAUGGUCUAUGUUAUAUAGCACAACAAGGUGACAAAUAUCUACUCCAGCUUCUUCUCGACUAUGGACUGGAUCUGGAUCUGUACGGAAAUGCAGCACUAUUCACUGCAAUUAUGGAAGGCCAAUAUGAGAUGACUGAGUUCCUUAUUAAUAAUGGCUCAAAUCCUCACCUACUCUGUGAGUUAUGGAGACGUGAUAAGCUUUGUUUUAUUGGUGCACCUACAUAUAGCUCCAUAGAGUUUGCUAUACACUUUCAGCAUCUGGACAUUCUGAAGCUUCUGCUAGAAAAGGGUGUUCUCCCACGGCAAAAGGAGUUUGACUUGGCAGUAAAGGAAUAUAAGGAGGCUGUCGCCCUUCUUUCAAAAUUCCCUAAGGAUUCAUCUCGACGAAAACUUAUAGAGGUCUACGUUAUUUUUGCAGGACAAAAAAGAUGGGAGAAGGAUCCUAACUUCAAAAUGCCAUUCACAUCGGCAGGGGUCUGGGACUCUACUUCUACUUCAUCUACAAGUGAGCUUACGACGAUUAAUGGUGAACCCGUCUGGUUGGAGUAA